AUGUGGAUGCAGCAAGCCGAGCGCGGGCAGUUUGUGUGCGAUGCCACAGUCGCAAGGUCCGCUGCGAUCUCGAGGCUCGACCAAAUGGAAUUUGCAGUCGGUGUGAGCAUGAAGGGCGUGAUUGCCAGUACAUUCUACCCCAAGUUUCUUCUCAUAUUCGAGGCUAACGACCUAGUCUCCACAUUGGAUUCCGCAAACAAAAAGCACUUCGGACUUCACUGGCCGCGCCCAACACUGGCGCCUCGCCAACUCGAACAGACUCUACCACAUCUCAGCAUCCGCGAAAAUCCCCAAAAUCUUCCGUUGUUGACCAACAAAGCGAAUGAGGUGGAUCUGAUCAUACAGACAACCCAAGCUUCUCUCUGCCCACCUACCGUUAUCUGUCAAGCAUUGGCCGACUUUUAUUUCUGCGAGUUAUUCCAUUGGGUUCCUGUUCUUGAUCGAGGACAAGAGGAUUUGGAAAAAUCGCUUCUGCUUCGACAAUCACUAUACUUCGCUGGCAGUGGCAUGCGUCGAUCCACCGAGGGUCCCACUGAAUGGUCCACGCUAGCGAUCUUUAAACGGAUCAAGAUAUUGAUCUCCAUCAACCAUGAGCUGGCGCCACUGAAUAUCCUAAGUGCGCUAUGUAUAUUGGCCAGCUAUCCCAUACAUACAAAUCAUGAAGUCGCUUUGGAUAACCCAUGGCAGUGGGGUGGAACGGCAAUCCGGCUGGCCCUCCAAAUGCACAUGCAUGAGGAAAAUGCAUAUUUACAUUUUGACCAUCCUAAAAGAGCUAGAAGGAUUUGGUGGUAUUUGUUUAUGAAUGAUACCAUGCAAAUGGGUUGCUCAGGACUCCCGGGUAUGUUCCCACUUGGCGAUUCCAAUGUACGGCUGCCAACGAUCGAUGAUUUCAAUACACCAAGCGCCGAGGCGCAUGUUUUUUGUGCGAUGGCUUUGCUGUGUCAAAGGCUUAGGGAGGUUCUGCAAAUUGGAAAGUCUGACGAUGCCUCGCAAAUGCAGGUUUUUUCAAGGCUCGACUUACUGAGGGUCUGGCAGGAUAACCUAUCUCACGAAUUACAUCUUUUCGAUGAGAAGAUCGAGAUCAGACGGUCAUAUAAUCGAGCAGUUGCUGAGCUUUACAUCUUUUACAUGGUCACCAUCAUUCUGACAUGCUUUCUCGGUCGUCGAGAAAAUUGUCCGUUGUUGAAAUGCGCCUCUAUUGUUGCAUCGUCCUGUAUUUCACGGUUAUACGAGGAGAUUCUCUAUCACGAAGGCACCACAUUUCUCCUACCAAUCCAUGCCUGGGCAAACUUGGUGGCUUCGAUACCACGAACGUUCAGCACGGAUGAGCAGAUACCAAACCAGGCCAAUGAGAAACGCAUUAGCCGCAUGGUCCUGGAGAAGAUGAGUGAGAAACAUCCCUCGGUGAUGAUGGUACAGCAGCGAAUCGACGAAAUGAGCCAUGCAGGAGCGAGCGUGUUUGGUACACCUGACACUCCUCCGGAUGCCCCAAAUUUGAACGCUCCUCUCACUACAGAGACAUCACAGCAGAUUCUUUCCCUUUUCCCCUUUCCGUCGAGCUUUUGUCCAACUCUGGAUCUGUUUAGUGCUGACUUGAACGAGAGUGAACAACCCGAUAUAUUCGCGGAUCUUCUGAUCGAUGUCAAUAACUGGGAUUGGCCUGUUGACUGGUCUUCAUUUUUGUUCUAG